AUGCAUCCCACCGCUCCACAUCCCACCGCACCACAAAGCACCCCACCGCACCGCUCUGUCUGCACCACGCCCCAUUGCACCACACCACACCCCACCGCACCGCCCCACAUCCCACCACACCAUACCGCACUACACCACACCCCACCGCCCCCCAUCCCACCACACCCUACCGCACCACACCCCACCGCCCCACAUCCCACCACACCAUACCGCACUACACCACACCCCACCGCCCCCCAUCCCACCACACCCUACCGCACCACACCCCACCGCCCCACAUCCCACCACACCAUACCGCACUACACCACACCCCACCGCCCCCCAUCCCACCACACCCUACCGCACCACACCCCACCGCCCCCCAUCCCACCACACCCUACCGCACUACACCACACCCCACCGCCCCCCAUCCCACCACACCCUACCGCACCACACCCCACCGCACCCCAUCCCACCACACCCUACCGCACUACACCACACCCCACCGCCCCCCAUCUCAACACACCCUACCGCACCACAUCCCAUCCCAGAUCCCACCACACCACAUCCCACCACACUGUACUGCACCACAUCCCAUCCCAGAUCCCACCACACCCCAUCCCACCCCACUGCCCCACAGCCCACCGCUCUGAGCUAAGCUGA